AAAUGCAUUUACGUUUUCACCUUUUUAUGCUUUGCCGCCUCCUCUCCCCAUUAAUUUUUUCUCUCCUUUCAUUCUCUUUCUGCAGUUUCUUUUUUAGCUUCUUCCAUUGACUAGGAACUACGCAAUUCAGCACAACCCAACUUUCAACUUCUUUUAGCUUCUUCAAAAGCAGUAACACUUAAUUAUGUAUCCGAUUACCAAACUUUAUCAACACUUCCAUUACUUUCUUCUGCAUUUGCAAACCAUUAAAAGAUCUGUUUUUUCUUUUCUCUUUUGCUUACCUACUUACCUUCUUGCUCUUUUUCUUGUUUUUCUUUUGGCUUACAAUGCUUUCUCCGUAUUCUACAUUCACCUCCCUUCCUUUCGCGCCAAAAUCUCUUCGGUUCCCGCCAUUUUCUCGCCGGAAAAAGUUGCCGGUGACUCGCUUCAGAAGUUCACUUCCUCUGUGUUGUAUGCUGUGAAAGAGGAGAACCCACCUGUGAUUUUGAAGACCCAGUUGCCUCUAUUUCAUAAACACAACUUUUCCUUGGUGCCUAUUAAUAGUUCUUUUGUUUCUGGACCACAAAAAGAGCAUAACAGGAGAACCAAGUUCAUGAUUCUUCGUUUGGGAGCAAAAUCUAGGCGGUUUUCAGCCAAAGUUAAAGAAUUUUUUGAUAAUUCUUCAUGUAAGUUGAGGUUUUUUAUGACUUGGAUUUCUUCACUUAAUUCAUUCGGUCAUAGGGAGUUUUUGGCUGUAGAGAGUUUAUUUAAGUCCCAUCCCAAUGCUUGUCUGGUCAUGGUCUCAAAUUCAUUGGACUCAAGUAAAGGAAAGCUUCUUCUUCAACCUUUUUUAGAUAAGGGUUUCAAAUUAAUUGCAGUUAAGCCUGAUUUUGAUUACUUAUUCAAGAAUACUUUUGCAGAAGGGUGGUUCAAUAAAUUGAAGGAAGGGAAUGUUGAUCCUGGAAUCAUUUCUUUGGGUCAAAAUAUGUCUAAUUUACUUAGGCUUGCUUUGUUGCAUAAAUUUGGUGGCAUUUAUUUAGAUACAGAUGUUAUAGUGCUGAAAAGUUUUUCCAAGUUGAGGAAUUCAAUCGGAGCACAAACUGUUGAUCCUGGAACCAAGAAUUGGACCAGAUUAAACAAUGCUGUGUUGAUUUUCGAUAAGAAGCAUCCAUUACUUUACAAGUUCAUACAAGAAUUUGCACUCACAUUUGAUGGUAGCAAGUGGGGUCAUAAUGGCCCUUACUUGGUCUCAAGAGUUGUAUCAAGGGUGAAUGGUAGACCUGGAUUCAACUUCACUGUGAUGCCUCCAUCAGCUUUCUAUCCUGUUGAUUGGAGUAGAAUACACAGUUUCUUUGGAGGGCCUCAAAAUGAGUUUCAUUCGAAAUGUUUGCAGAAGAAGCUUGAACUUAUUCGCCAUCAAAGCUUUGCAGUUCAUCUAUGGAACACACAGAGUAAACUGCUUAAAGUUGAAGAAAGGAGCAUCAUUGAUCAUUUAAGGUUCGACUGCUGUAUAUUCUGCAAUUCCUCGCUCUCAAGUUUGUAAGUACAGAAUAAAUUAUGACAUUGUGCUGAUUGUCUCAUAUUCACAAAAUGUGAUUAAAAAAAAAAUAUAUAUUUAUCAGAUUCAUAUUCUUGAUAUAUGAAUGCCAUAUAGCAGUCAAUCCCUAUAUCCUUACAAGACAAUGUAUUAAAUAUGACUGGGAAACAUCAUUUUGCUGCUGUCUGUGGAUUAUGGACCACUCAGGUAAUUUCACCAUUGUGGGUUCAAAAAAAGGAACUACAUAAUCAAUAACUUCUUGGUUUCUCUUGCAAUUGUAUUUUCUUUCACUAUAUGAAAAUCUGAAGAAAAAGGAAGUAAUAAUUUUAGCUUUA